UCACGUUAACGUUCAGUCAGACAUCGCCAACAUGCCCCCCAGACCGGACGUCUUCCUCCUCGUCCUCUGCCUCUUCGGCGCGACGCAGGCGCUGUACAAGCAGUGGAUCCCCGACACCAACUACGAGAACCGCAGCAACUGGAACACGGGGGUGGUCCCGUGCGGCCGCGACCGGGUGGCGUUCCCCGCCCCGGGGAGUGUGUACGUGGAGACGGCCCACUCGGUCCAGGAGAUGAUCCUGCCCCCCGACGGCGAGCUGCUCCUCCACGCAGGGGCCGGCUUCUACGUCGGGGGGGCCGAGGAGCCGGGGUGUGGGUCGGGCGCGGAGGCCACCUUCAGGGACUCGGACGCCCUGCGGUGGUUCGACCCCGCCCUGUGGCGCGCCGCCCUGACCCCGGACGACCUGGAGACGGGGCGCCACGGCGUCUUCUCGGUCCACGAGGAGAGCGUCCCGUGCGAGCGGGACGACGUGGUCUUCAGGGCCGCCACCUCCUUCAGGGUGGACACCUCGUCCAGCGGCGGCGGCGGCGUCGUCACGGUGAGGAGCGUCUCCGUCCUGGGGCAGACGUUCAGCCGCCAGGCGGACCUCGCCCGCUACCUGGGCUCCGCCUCCGGCCGCGCCCAGUUCCACGGCGGCUCGGCGCUCGCCGUGGAGCCGUCGGGCUGCGCCGACCCCGCCGGCUGCGUGUGCGACAACUCGGCCAACCGGGGGCGUAUCUGUGGGGGGGUGGCGUGCCCCCCGGCCCUGCCCUGCCAGCGGCCCCUCCGGCCGGCGGGACACUGCUGUGACGUGUGCGGCGCCCUGCUCUCCGUCCGCUUCGCCCCCGGGUUCAGCCUGCUGUCCUACCGCCGGCGGGUGUGGCGGCUGUUCCUCGACCGGCCCGAGUACGCCGCCGUGCAGCUCGCCAUGUCCCGGGUCCCCGGGGCCCCGCCCCUGACGGGGCUGCUGCUGGGGGGCGCGGCCGCCGACGACCGCAUCCAGGUGGUGGUCCUGGACGGGGGGGCCGGCCUGCUGGCCGAGGCGCUGGCCCGGGACCUCCUGGCCGACGUCGACGCCCACGGCGCCGAACUCGGGAUCCUAGGGGCGGAGAUCGGGGCGUCCUCCGGGAACGGCGGCGGCGCGGCGGGGGGCCUGGUGGGGGCCCUGGUCGGGGCCUUCUUUGGGGUCCUGCUUCUGGUUCUGGUCGGCGUGGGCGGGGUCGUCCUCAGGAGGAGGGGCUGGAGGCCCCCCAGCGUCGCCAUGCCGACCAUGCCUUCCAUGCCCGCCAUGCCGUGGUCCCGCCGUGCGACCGUCGACGAGGCCCUUGGGGGGCCCAUGGACGCUGGCUUUGAGAACCCCAUGUUCGACACGCCCGGCCUGAUGCCCGCCGUACCGGGUAUCUACGGGGCGGAGAUGACCCCCAUCUCCAUGACGACGCCGGGGGUGUACUUCGUCAACCCGGCUUAUGAAGAUCACGAAACCGAUUUAACUGUUUGAGGCCAGGCUUAAUGAAACUGGUUUAACUGUUUGAGACCUGGCUUAAUGAAACUGGUUUAACUGUUUGAGACCUGGCUUAAUGAAACUGGUUUAACUGUUUGAGGCUCAGCUUAAUGAAACUGGUUUAACUGUUUGAGACCUGGCUUAAUGAAACUGGUUUAACUGUUUGAGACCUGGCUUAAUGAAACUGGUUUAACUGUUUGAGGCUCAGCUUAAUGAAACUGGUUUAACUGUUUGAGACCUGGCUUAAUGAAACUGGUUUAACUGUUUGAGACCUGGCUUAAUGAAACUGGUUUAACUGUUUGAGACCUGGCUUAAUGAAACUGGUUUAACUGUUUGAGACCUGGCUUAAUGAAACUGGUUUAACUGUUUUAAUACCUGGCUUAAUGAAACUGGCUUAACUGUUUGGGCCUUGGCUUAAUGAAACUGGCUUAACUGUUUGGGCCUUGGCUUAAUGAAACUGGUUUAACUGUUUGAGACCUGGCUUAAUGAAACUGAUUUAACUGUUGGAGACGUCACUAAAUGAAACUGAUUUAAUAGUUUGAGACUUCGCUCAAUCCAGGGGAAGAUUUUUUCCCUGUUGGUUUCUGUCCAAUACAUGUGAUUGAGACACAAAAUCUGCAACGGUGAAAAAGUAAAUAAUCUCUGCAGCAUUACAUUGAAACAUAAUUAAUCUAUAUUCUAUAUAUUGAUUACAAUGUGUCUCAUUAUUAAUAUGUUCAUUAUAUCUACAUUGUUUUUUUUGCCUCUGAAAUGUAUCACAUAUAAUACCUAUAGGCCUACAAAGGGAGAAAUUCAAUGCAAUACAAACAUUUACAAACCUGUGUUGGCAUUUACUCUGCGUCAGUCAAAGCGACAGUGGCUUGCAGAGUGACCGUAGCCAAGAUCCUGUUCAAGUUAAGGCACACACUUGGAAUUACUUUUCUAAUUCUAAUGGGGUCCAAAUAGUCGCUUAUUCAAAACGAGGGCCAGUAAUACCAUAACAAGAUGGUAGUUUGUCUACAAACAAACAGGGACCUUAUAUGGGUGCUGUGGCGAACUGGGACAUUUUGAGACCCUUUAAACACAAUAAUACGAAUGAUGAAAAUCAAGUGACAACUGACAUCCACUUAGAUUACCCUGCAUUUUAAUGCAAUAAAAUGCAGCACGUAGGAUUUUCCUCGAAACGUAAGCUGGAAAGCUGGAAAAUGUUUCAUUAAAAGAUAUUGCUGUGGAAUAAUGGUGUUGUGUGAACAAUAUCUGAGAUGUUGCAAUUAUUAAGCCAGGUUAUUGGUAUGAAUGACCAAAUAGAGGCUGUGGAGGCUGGGUAAACAACGAUGACCAAACAGAAUGAGCUGAUUAUCCAGAAGCUCAGCUCAAAAGCUGCACGUACACAUAAUAAUUGGUGAAUGUUAUGAUGUAAACUGAAUAGGCUCAAAUGUUUCUAUUUUGGAUCAAACAAUGGAGAUUAGCUUGAAAUGUAUUGCACAUAUAGCAAACCGAGAAAUCCAGUUUUCUGUCUGGAGGUCCAAGGAGAAUUAAGUAAUUAAAGAACUUUAAAAUGGGAUACACGCACGCAAAAUAACCAGGAUGUUUUCAUCUUUGGGGUAAUUGUGUUUCAGCUAUUUAGAUUGUUUUGGGAAAAAUGCAAUUUUACAUGCAUUUAUUUGAUCACUUAAGUAUCAGUGUUAUGGUGAGUUACGAUGAUGAUGUUAACGAUGAUGAUGAUGAGGAUGUUCUGCAUAUUUUGUACAUCCACUCUUGCCUAUCUCUGGGAAUUCAUGAUCUUGUGACUUGUCUAGCAGGUCCAUGCGGUUGAUACACGGUUAAACUCUGACUAAUCCCGUAACAGGCAGAUACAUAAACAUGCAUAACUGGAAACGAA